CGUUCAACUCGAUUUUCGCCUCAGUCCGUUGACGUCACUCGUGCUGUGCAGUUCGUUCGUUCGAUCUCUCUUUCCUCUCGGUUGAUUCGUUUUUCCCUCCGUGGGUGCGUUUUUUUUUUCUGCUUGCGGUCAUCGCGACUUCGGUAGUCACGGAAAACGUAAGAACCGUGCUCACAAAAGAAGUGGUGCCUCGCUGGUAGAUUUAUCGGCGGAAAAGCGACCAAAUCGAUUUCAGUGCCCUUCUCUGUUCAGUGAUGGAUUCAAGGAACUAGUGUUUCUUCAACAAACCGUCCAUUUUUGUCUCCACCAGAAGAGGACACAAAAGCGGGAUGGAGUUCAAUUGUAUCGAUAGACUAUCAUCGAAGAGAUAAAAGUGUUGGUACCUCCUGCCCGUUCCAAUCUUUGAGGUUUACCUCUUGCACAAUCCCUCGAAUUUCCUGCUUUAUAAAGCUGUGCUUUCUCCUCUGUUGGAAGGAUUACUACUGAACCGCGAGUGAAUUGAAUGGUGAUAAAAUCCGAUCUCGAAGUGCAUCUCGUUUGGCGGUAGAUUUUCCGGUGGAAGUUGAUCCCGGAUUGCGUUCGAUAAAGUAUUAAAAGUCUCCGCAGUGGUGAAUCCGAAUGUGGAAGCAGAUUGACGAGGAGCAUCGAUUGUCGUCCCGUCGUGGUGUGUGCGUGCGCUUGUGUGAAUUGCGAAAGGAAGCAAAGAAUAGAAAAUAAAACGGUGCCCCUCCGGUAGUUGGUAUUUGUAGAAGCCCUUGUGUGUUGGUUGGGCCAAAAGAAGCUCUGGCUCCGGGUGCCAAACAUAUUCCUCCAAUCCAAGUCUCGUCAAAAAGAGCCCAUCAUCGUCGUGUUGAAUACACCUUAAUACCUAUAGAUAUAUAUCUCAGGGGGUUAAUUCCCUCAAAAGUGUGUGCGACCACAGUGAAUCGUCGUGUUGAGGAUUAGAUUAGAUUGUCCGUGGUCCGGGGAAUCCGCGUCUGUGAAGAAAUCGUAGUGAAGUGAAUCAACUAGCCGGAGAUUCCGCAAUCAGCAGUCGUCUUCAUAACCAGCCAAACGAUAGACGACAACGGAAGCAUCAGCAGUUGCAGCAACAGCAGCGGCACCGAGAUGAUGAAAAUGGAGACCGAUAAAAUUAUGGACGAUUCUACGACGACAACCAACAACAGCAGCCCACAGUUCACCACCUCGAUAUUGUACGAUCCGGCGCGGAAGAAAGAACCUUCGCAGUCAUUCCAGACCGAACGUGAUGCCUGUCUCUCCUAUUUCGCCAAAUGGAACGAAGCAGAUCAGGUGGACUUUGUCGAGCAGCUCCUGUCCCGCAUGUGCCAUUACCAGCACGGACACAUCAAUGCCUACCUGAAACCGAUGCUGCAGCGAGACUUCAUCACACUAUUACCAACCAAGGGAUUGGACCAUGUGGCCGAAAACAUCCUCUCCUACCUGGACGCCAAAUCACUGUGCCGAGCAGAACGCGUGUGCAAAGAAUGGUCCCGCGUCAUAUCGGAGGGCAUGCUGUGGAAGAAGCUGAUAGAACGAAACGUCCGCACAGAUUCCCUCUGGAGGGGCCUCGCAGAACGGAAAGGAUGGAUCAAAUACCUGUUCAUACCGCGACCGGGCGUGACACACCGGCCGCACAAAUUCUACCGCGAGCUGUUCCCCAAGAUCAUGAAGGACAUCGAAGCCAUCGAGACGAACUGGCGCACCGGUCACCACAACUUGCAGCGGAUAAACUGCCGGUCGGAGAACUCCAAGGGAGUAUACUGUUUGCAGUACGACGACGACAAAAUCGUGUCCGGCCUGCGAGACAACACCAUCAAGAUUUGGGACCGCAACUCGCUGCAGUGCUGCAAGAUCUUGACCGGGCACACUGGAUCGGUGCUGUGCCUUCAGUACGACGACAAGGUCAUCAUUAGCGGCUCCAGCGAUUCGACGGUACGCGUGUGGGAUGUCAACACCGGCGACAUGGUGAACACCUUGAUACAUCACUGCGAAGCGGUGCUGCAUUUACGCUUCAACAACGGCAUGAUGGUGACCUGCUCGAAGGAUCGCUCGAUUGCCGUGUGGGACAUGACCUCGCCGACGGAGAUUGCUCUGCGACGGGUGUUGGUGGGCCAUCGGGCCGCCGUCAACGUGGUAGACUUUGACGAGAAGUACAUCGUAUCGGCGUCCGGCGACCGCACGAUCAAGGUGUGGAAUACGUCGACGUGCGAAUUCGUGCGUACGCUGAAUGGCCACAAGCGGGGCAUUGCAUGCCUGCAGUACCGGGAUCGACUGGUCGUGAGCGGUAGUUCAGACAAUUCUAUAAGACUUUGGGAUAUUGAGUGCGGUACCUGUUUGCGGAUUCUGGAAGGCCACGAGGAACUCGUCCGCUGCAUCCGGUUCGACUCGAAGCGCAUCGUGAGCGGAGCGUACGACGGCAAAAUCAAAGUGUGGGAUCUCCAAGCUGCCUUAGACAUUCGAGCGCAAACCAACACGCUGUGCUUGAAGACGCUAGUGGAGCACACGGGACGCGUGUUCCGGCUUCAGUUCGACGAGUUCCAGAUCGUGAGCAGUUCCCAUGACGACACCAUCCUGAUAUGGGACUUCCUCAACUGCUCGCAGAAGGAAGAGACCACCACGCCCCAAACACUGGUCCAGGUGGGCCGAAGUCCAUCACGUGAGUAUUCCUCCUCUUCCGCUGCUGGGGGCCGCGCUCAGCCUCAGCAGGAGACUGACGACGACGAUGCGUAUUGAAUGUGUUAGAAUUAGUAGCUGUAAAACCUAGUGAGAACAAGAAUCGAACGUUUUAGUUUUAUAAACAGCAUUGCAACUGGAAUAUCUUUCAAUUUGAAAUCUUAGAAACAAAACAAAAACAGGCUUCUAUCUAAACUGAACAGUUGAAAGGAAAAACGGAAGGAAAAUAGUUUAGCAAAGCACGCAUACCACAUUCGAAUCGAGAUUGCAAUGAUCUUUCAUCGAACGAAUCGUAUGGUUUUCUCUAAUUGCCACCAAAAACAGGGAUCUCUGUCGUUGGUUUAGUCCCCAUUCGAUUGUGUUCGUGUGGUCAAAUGUACAGUCAGGUCUUUCUUAACCCUCUCUUUCCCAUGGUAGCUCCAGAGUUCCAUUGAUUUUCGUCGAACUUGAGACGACCCGAGUCAGAUGAAGACUAUGCGAAAGUUAAUAUAACAGGAAUUCGUACUCAUCGGAUCAAUCCAAUAGCUUAUUUACUGUUUCAAUAGUAAAACCAUAGAUAAACAAUCAAUUUACUAUUGAAAUAUUUUAAGUGAUCUAUCUCAGCAAUUUAUCUAGGAAAUCUAAAACUUCCUAAAGAGUUCAAAAGUUUUUUCAGUGAUCCUUGGUCAUAAAGAGCAGAGGCGUCUCGUCAGCCAGUUCAAUCUGUUCUUAGAACAGGUAUAGGAAUAAGAGAGUUGCUAAGACUCUCAAUUAAUGCUCUUUGUAACAAUCAUGAUCCGCAACACCCAUCUAAACAAGUUUGGGAGGCACUAUUGCUAUAGGAUGUUCGGGAAUUGUUUAGUAUACCAGUAAAAUAAAACACCUACCACCAAUUCGCUUCUGUUAUGUAUCAAGCUUGUUACAACUUGCGAAACAUUACCGUUCAUGGGCCGAUACAGAUGGGGUGUUUUUCUUCGCUUGCUUUGGUCGUGCUUCAUAAUCAAAUGAGAACGAAUUCUGCAAUGCCUGGAUAUAAAUCAUUGAUCCCGUAAAUUAGUCUUUUUCAGAAAAGGGUCCAGGUAUUCAAGGGUUUUUGAAAAAUAUAUGUUCUUCCAUGAUCUGCAUGGUUCCUGACCUGAUCAACUUUUUCAUAUCAGAGAACAGAGACAAAAUUGCGAUCAGCUAUGUAAUGAUCCAAUCGAUUCGUCCAAUCCCUGAAAGUAUGCUUUGGAACUUCAAUAAGAGCCAAAAUAUGAAACAUAAUGAUUCACUUGUGGUUGUGUUGUUUUGUAACACUAUACUUAUGGUUUGUUAGUUGUUUUUUUUCUUUUCUUUUCCCAUUCUUUGCAAAUCAGACGACUCUCGUCCACUCAUCGAUAAACCUACGUUUUUUUUUCGUUUGUGCUUUUAUAUCUAUAUAAACAUUACACACCCACACACACACACAUGGAUACUAGGCUUAAGGUAGUUUGGUUCGAUGGAAAGAGCGUUUUUCGCUGGAGAGUGGAACCGAUCGAAAGGCAAAAUGUUAGGUAAAUUUUAGAAAUUCUCCCUUUUAAGUGAAAUAGCUACUAUUACCGAUUGGCAGUAGAUGCGAGGAUGCGCGAGCGAUGAUGAAUGACUGACGAAGGACUGAUUGCGUCUACUAUGCAUAGUUUACGCGCCCCCGAGUAAGAGUGUUAUGCUGUUGUUUAGUAGUAAUACCAAUAAUUUAUAUGCGCAGAAAGGAUUAAACGAUGGAAAGCUAAAAAAGAACACUUAAGCAAGUAGUAUCUAAACCUCUUUUGAUUCGAUAGAAUACAAACACACAAAAUACAAGGAAAACCCAGAGAACCCUGUGUAGAACUUCCCUUCCCUCAAAAGAAAAAAAAAAUGCAGAAAUCCCAGCAAAAGACAAAACAAAUUCAAAUAACGGAUUUAAUACAGAACAGAACGAACAAUCCGAAAGAAAAGUUGUUAUCUAUUAAUCGUUUCACGUUUUGGAUUAAAAAAAAACAAUUGAAAGUAAAUAGUAAACAAAAUUUAAGGAAAGAGCAAAAAAGAUGUAUAAAUAAAAUCAGAACAAUUAUUCACAACAAAAAGAAAACCCUAGAUAAUGUUAUAUUUGAAAUCAAAUGUAGUGAAACAAAAAAAAACAAAACAAAUAUUAAGAAUAUUAACCAAUUCACAUGCCGCGACACAAAAAGGCAAUGACCGGGAAGAUUGAAAUAGACAAAAGUGAUGAUGUCUGUCACAAGGCUACAAUAUCGAUUAGGGAACCGAGGUGGAGUAAAUGUCCAUAAAGAUCUGAAUCCGAUUGUGCAUAAUAAAUAUUAUAAAAAUAAAAAACAAGCUACGUUAAUGGAAGAUUUGUUCAAUGCUGGCUUUCGAACGAUUGCAAUUGUGAACAGGCGAUAGGAAAAUGGAACGCAGAGGAUAUGAUACUUUUGUUGGGAUGUAAAGUGAACAGAGUUGACAAGUUUAGAAAGGAAGCAGAAGAAAAAAAAUAUAUGAAAUUGUAUUCGAAUCGACAGGA